AUGGCGUCGGGAUUGCUCAAAUUUUGGGCUCUGAAGGCAUGGCAGCUGGGGGUGCUGUGUCAGUCUGUGUGCGUGUCUGUGGCCCGGCUAGAAGAGGUCAUGGCUGCUGCAGCCCUUAUAAGCCUAUCUACCAGCCCCCAUCCCACCCCACCCUACCCCACCCCUGCUUUGUCUGGGGGCCCCAGCUGCAACCGUAAGCCCAGAUCCUUCCAAGCUCCUGAGUGGAGUGUCCCUGGGGAGUCUGGCUUGGAGCUCUGGAAGGAGGCCCUGGUUCAUCCCUCGGGCAGCUACGGCAGCAGCAGCAACAGCAGAGAAGGCUGGGACCUGGCCAGCCACCCGUCAUCUCCACCCACUCCGUCAUCCCUGCUGCCCCCUGAAGAAACUCACUUUUUUUUUGGGGAGGCCACCCUAGAAAAAGGAAGGUGAGUGUGGGGAAAUCUCCUUACCUUCUUCCUGUGGAAGAGCGGUGGGAAGGUGCUGAGCACAGUGUUGGAGAUGCAGAGACACACCUACCUGGUGCACCUGGGGAGACAGGCAGAGCCAGAGCAGAGUGAUGGGGAGGACGUCUACACAGAGCUGGAGGCCGUGUUGACUGACAGGUUAUCCAGCCUGACCCCAGCGUCUCCGAAGUUCCCAUGCCACUCACCAUUCCUCAUACUUGCUCAUCCCUUCAGCUGUUCCACAGUGACCAAGCCUACUAGCAAUGGAGAUUGGGGGCAGGUCUCAGAGCACUCUCUAGAGAAACAGCUCAGGGGUACAGUUCCUUCCAGAGCUUCCUGGCCCCCAUCCACCUGGAGCCACAGCACAGCCCUGCCUGCCAAGCUUGGGGUCAACCUGAGGAAGCCCCAGGGUGAUGCCAAGAAGUGCUGGCAAGUGUACGGCAUGGACUACAGGGGCCCGUGGUGCAAAACCUGCCGCUGGACAAAAGCCUGCUGGCAGUUCCUGGCCUGAGCCCAUCCAUGAUGCUGCUGCCCAGGCUUUCUACCACUCCCAGCCUGAAGCUACGGCAAACCUGGACUCCUAGAGGUGGAGGAGUAACUGACUACGGAAAGUGCCUUGGAGGAAACCAGCCUUUUGCACUAAAGCCAAACUGCACGUUGUCCCUUUGGUUCCAGGGGCAGCUUGCCUCCCUGCCCAUCACUCACUGACUUGUCAAAGAUGUCAGUGGGCUCUACUAGAGCCUGUUUGGGUUGUUCACCUCUAGAGGGGUGUCAGGGAGAGCACUCUCCUGCCCACAUUUAAGGUGGUGGUUCCAAGUCCCCCUGGGGCUGGCAUUUUACCAUGUUAAUGAUGCUCAGGUGUUUGGUGUCUGGGAGAAAAAUUAAAACCUGUGGGGAUUGUU